UACGAACAAUACUCCGUUUGGAAGGCAACCUUAAGCCGCUGGAGACGCCGAUAGCCAUAAGCGACCAAUGAGGGUUGGAAAAUCGCGAGGCCUACGAGAGUUUGGAAGCUGCUAAUGGAAGCUUGUGCCGUCCGCUGGACUACACCGGUUACUGGGAAGUCAUAAGAGAGAGAGAGUCGCAGAGCAUGUGUUCCAUUUUUCAUAAUCGCAUCAACUAUCGCGGUUUGCGCAGCAAUUCGAGUGGUAGCAAUAGUAGCGGCAGCAUUAGCAACUUGAGCAAAGAACUGGAUGCCGAUCGCAAUAAUAAUGGCGGUAGCGGUGGCGCUGGCGGCGCUGUUGUGGGCAGCGACGAACGCACUGAGCAGAACGGCGACGAUGCGACUUCUGGGGAUGAACGCAAGGUGGACAACCGUUUGCCUUUGAAGAGCGCCAAUUCUACGCCCGACAGCGCGGUCGUCGACGAGAACGUCGAUCCCCAUUGCAAUAUGCGUGCGGCCAGCGUAGAACUGGCGGAGCAACGUAGCAGUGUGGAAGAGCGCGAUGAAGGCGAGGACGAGUCGGAGGAGUUGGCGGGCGACAGCAAUGAGGCGUUGGAUUUGUCUGUGCUGCCRAGCAAUCGACUGCCCGGUAGCGGUCACGUGGCAUUGGAGGCUUUACAACACACCAAAGUGGCGGUGGCRCAAUUUGCCGCCUCAGCGCUMAGCGGCGCACAAAAUUACGGCGAAGCGAUGAACGAGCUGGCGAUGGUGCAAUCGACGAUACUGAACGUGCAACGGCAACAUCUAAUGCAACUGCAGCUAAUACAACAUCUGCAGAGUCAACUGAAGCGCGCUGGCGAUCUGACAAUGGAUGCCGAGCAGCUGGAAGAGCAACCGCUAGCAGAUGAGUCCGAGCCAAAGCGUAAAUACUUGCAAACGCCACCGGCGGAAGCGGAGGAGAAGCUGGCGGAAGCUGUAGCUACAAGUGUGGCAUUGAAUGCAGCAAGUGCGCAAAACGACUUGAAAGCCAAUGAGCCGUUCAGCGUGUCGCGGACGCCAUCUGCGUUAAAUGAAGAGAACACAAAGACUGAAGAGAGAACAAAUAAGAAGGCGAAGGAGCCGGCGUUAAAGCAUGCCAGAACUGAGGAAGCUAGUAAUACAGGCAGUACUAGUCUGGGUGCUGUUGCACAUAGCACCAGCAAUUAUCAACCCUUGAUGUGYGAUAUUAGCUCCUCGCUCGCUUCUAGUAUUAUCACGAAUCAUGAUCCAUCGCCUGCACCGAAUGAGAUGAACUGCUUGGAGAUGUUGCAACGCCGCACCGAGGAGGUGCUCGAUUCGGCCUCACAAAGCUUGCAUGCCUCACACCUACAAGACGAGUAUGAGUACGCGCAGAAGGAUGCGCAGGGUCGUGGUGAGAUAUUUAAACACCGCUGCAAAUAUUGUGGUAAGAUCUUCGGCUCCUUCUCGGCACUGCAGAUACACUUGCGCUCACACACUGGCGAGCGACCUUUUCACUGCAACGUCUGCGGCAGCAAAUUUACAACSAAGGGCAAUCUGAAGGUUCACUAUCAACGGCACACACAGAUAUUUCCGCCCAUGUUGCUGGCGCCUGGACCGGGUGGUGCUGUUGUGGAACAGUUUCCAACUUAUGGCGCACCAGCUGGCGGUCCGCUAAUGUCAGCUGUGACACCAGUGAGAUUAUCUGCGCCAGCAGAUGACAGCAAGCAGCUGAGUUGUGAAGAUCCGCCACAAAUUGCACGCAAAGAAAAGCAUGAGGAACACGCAAAAAUCGCAAUAAGCAAUCGUGUGAGUAAGCCGGAAGCGCCAAAUUCACCUAUUGACACGCCGCAAGACCUAAGCAAGCCRCACCAUUCGCCUGUGUUGCAUGAACACCCGUCUCCUCUCGAGCCGCCAAAGUCACCAAAGACCUCACCRCUAUUGAAACCAAGCACAGAGACAAAGCUUGAGAAACCGGAACGCACGAGCAGUCAAAACCCGCCACAAACCAAUCAGCAUGCGUCCAAGCGUAGCAGUAGUGCGCGGAAACGUAACUCACACGCCAAURCGUCACAUGSCGGCGYYAGCGAAACGCGUAAGCCACAUGCACACGACAAGUGCGAACGCGAGCGCGAACGCAUGCUGGAAGGUGGUGAGUUUCUGCACAAAUCCGCAUCGGCCUUACGACGCUCAUCGCUGAGUCGUAACUCCAGCAAUAGUGGGCUCGAGCCGCCGCAUAUCUCAUCCGAAUACUCGCUGGCGCAGAUGGAACGCAUUAUCGACAAAUCGUGGGAGGAUCUCAUCGAGAUCGAUACCACGUCGGAGACUUCGAAGCUGCAACAGCUAGUGGAUAAUAUCGAGAACAAACUGACCGAUCCGAAUCAAUGCAUCUUCUGUCACAAAGUGAUGUCCUGCCGCAGCUCAUUGCAAAUGCACAUACGCACACAUACCGGCGAGCGACCGUUUCGUUGUAAAAUUUGCGGACGUGCCUUCGCCACCAAGGGUAAUCUGAAGGCACACAUGAGCAUACACAAAAUCAAACCGCCAAUGCGUAGCCAAUUCAAAUGUCCCGUCUGUCAUCAGAAGUUCUCGAAUGGCGUCAUAYUGCAACAACACAUACGCAUACACACGAUCGACGACGGCAGCGGCGCUUUGGUCGGCCUACCGGGGGUCAAUAUAAAUGGUGSCAUGCUAGGCGCAUUUUCACUGCCAAUGGGCGCACUGCCACCGGGUACACCCAACACAGCUGAGGCGGUGGCGGAACAUAAUGCACGCAUGAAGGCGCACAUGGAUGCCGCGAUUGAGGACCAAAACUCGAAUAAGUCAAUGGGCACAUCGGAUAACUUUGAUUUCUCCACGACAUCCGAUUACUCCGGUCAGCGUUCGGAAUCGUCGCAAGGUGAUUUCGAUGAUUUUAUGACCAUGGACAGCACCGAUGACUCACGUGAAAACACGAGCUCCUUAACGCCAUUUGAUCGUCGUUUAGCGGACGAUUACGCCGACGAACGCAUGCAUGAGUCCGGCGAACGUGGCGAUGCUGCUGAGCUACCCAAUCCGAUGGCUGCCAUGGCCGCUGCAGCGGCUAUGGACCUCUCGGCACGUGGUUUCCCCGCUAAUGGCGUGACGCAGAAGGCGCUCGAACAUCAUCUACCCAUGUUGGGUAUGUCACCGAAUUUUCUGCUGAUGGCAGCGGCGCGCGAAGAGAUGCAAAUGUUGGGCGCGCAUGCCAAGUUUCCGCUAUUGCCUUUCGGACCGCUGGGAUUUAUGGGUCUACAUCCACAGACGCAUUUGUGUAAUGUGUGCUUUAAGAUCUUCCCCAAUUCGGCCGCAUUGGAGCGUCACACGCAUAGCGAACAUACCAAAGAUGUUGCUAAUAGCACAACAACAACAACGACGACAACCACACCAACAGCAUUAACUAAUUCGUCAGCUACAACAACAACGACUACCCAUUCGGACAMCAAGAGCAACAAUACAGCGACAACAAGUGCCACCGCGGCAGUGCAUGACUCAAGUCGUUCCGCGAAUUGCGAUGGAGCAUCACCGCCAGCAUAUAAUGCGAAGCUUUCAGUGAGCAGUAAUCUAUUCCCGAAACAAAACAACAGUGAAGAAGACGAAGAACCCCUUACAAAUAACAGUAUAACAACUAUAAAUAAUCAAAAUAGCAACACAGCUGCUAAAAACGGUAAUUGUUUGACUAAGACAACACAAGCGGCUAGCCCUAAUGAGUUGGAAACUAGCGARGCGUCUACACUCCACGAGCGCAUUAAACAAGAGCCUGAUACAGAGACCGAAUGUGAGUCACAACAGUUGAAGACCAAUAUUUCAAGAUCCUCACCUACACCAAGGACGACACCAUCGCCUUUGCCACCAGCGCCAACGUUACCAAUGAUAACGGGCUGCAUACCAGCAGCUUCACCAACCAAUAGCACACUGGAGCAACAAAGCGGUUCUGCGUCAACACAUUCACCCUUCGAGCUCGCUGUACAUCCACAUUUGGCCUUGCCGCACAACAACGCCGAACAAUCGCUGAUGCAAAUGCAAUUGCUAUCCUCACUUCCGCAUGAUACCAUGCAAACCAUGCAACUGCAUUAUGGCAACGCCCAUUACCAUCACCACUAUCAUCACCACCACCACCAACAACAACAACAACAACAACAACCACAUCAACAACACCCGCCAUCGCAUCCACACCAACAACCACAACAACAAUUGUCACAUAAAUCUUUGCUGCCCGCAGAUGCACAUCGUUUUCCGGCGAGCCCAUUGGACUUUCAACAGGCGCUGAUGUCGGUCGGUCCACCGAGCUUGAGUGCGGACGCUGCCGCCGCCGCGAAUCAGAAGCAUUUCUGUCACGUGUGUCGACGAAACUUUAGUUCGAGUUCGGCGCUUCAGAUCCAUAUGCGUACGCAUACUGGGGACAAGCCGUUCCAGUGCAAUGUGUGUCAGAAGGCCUUCACAACCAAAGGAAAUUUGAAGGUCCAUAUGGGCACACAUAUGUGGACGAAUCCCACAUCCCGGCGUGGUAGACGCAUGUCACUUGAAUUACCCUUACAUCGUCCUGGAAGUAUACCGAGUGAGACCGAUUUCAUGCAAAGACGUCCAGAACUGUUUUUCCCAUAUUUGCCGCCAUUUUUCAAUGGAUUACCGCCAAAGCCUGGUGAUCUAAGUCCUGGCGCAUUUCCGAAUCUAACACCACCACAUUUUCCGAAUGGCGCAAAUGCUGGCAAAUAUCCACCCGGACUCUUAGGUUUGCCACCAUUUCUGGCACCACCUUAUAAUUUCCCGGGCAUGACAACGCAGUCACAUGGCGAUAACAGUAAAUCCCCCACACCAACAAGAGAUGACAACAGACAUUUGGAGAGCCCUUCGCGCGGCUCAGCUUUAGAUACGACAGCGCCUUGGCAUAUGUUAGGAAAAAUUAAAACUGAGAACAAUCAAAAUGACGAAUUGUCAACAACGCCGACGAGUAGUUGUAAUCAAAUCGAUGAGAUGCACAACGAAGUGCAACAUAUAGUGGAUUAGAUGUGAAGAUUUAGGUCUCCAAAUUGUUAAGAUGGAAUAGUAGACUUUCUAACUUGUGAGCGYUAGCAGAGUUGUGGGUUGAAAAGUAAUUGGUGAAGGCGCAAAAAUCGCAAAAGUAUAAUUUCUUUCCCUUAAAUUCCAAAAAUAGAUAAUUUCACUCUAGAACAAGAGAAGAAGUUUUGACAACUUUAAGAAUUUUAUGCUCGAGUAAGUGUGGUUCAUCUUUUACAAAAUAGUAGAUAUAUUUAAUUUUCAUCCGUGAUAUUGGUUCAACCAAACUAAAAAAUAUAUUUUCUGYAUAAUAAAUGUCUUCGUCACUUAUUAACAUUCUUGGUAAGCUUCUUUCUCCACGGUACCAUCUAAGCAAUAUUUCUUUAAAAGCUUUUAAUCGAAAAAUCGUUGGUCAUUAUCUUUCUAUAUGGACUUCUAAUCGCAGGCAAAAAUGAAAGGCAUAUUUGUUGAAAGAAAAACUUUUUAUUUUGUGGUACUGAAAAUUCAUUUUGAGGACAAUAUAAGGCUUACGUUUGAAAUGGUUGAGGCCUAAACCAAGUACUGGACCUUAGAAGACAGCAAAACGCCUUGUCGCCAACACAAAUUUACUCAGUCUUUUAGUUUCUAUUCGCAUUAGCUCGGUGAGAUAUCUGAARCAGUGAGCUACCAAGUGUUUCGAGAUUUGAUCCUGCAAAUGCGGUCAAUCUAGAAGAAAGUGUUGAAGUGUUCCAUUUGCUUUCAUACAGCUUCUGCAGCUGGCACACCGUAAAAUGCCCAUCGGGAAAURGUCUGUUAGAAUUCCCACAACUAGGCAGAUGSUGRCCUUAUUAAGUGCAAAAAGCUYACUAGAUCUCUUACGAUCGMUCUUGCACCAAAAGAAUCUUGCGACAGCACAUAAACCGAUAGUAGUUCAGCGGCAACCAAGUACCUGCGAAGCCGAGCUAUCCAGUUGUAGAACACAAGAGAAGCCACGAGCCCCGGCCCGUUCCCAUUUUAUUGAUAUCAAAGCUGGAGUAUCUAUCUUUGCCAGCUCAUCAGUUUUACAGUGAGGUGGGAUUCCGCUGUGGUUUGCCAUUCGUAGUAAUCCUUUACAACGGAACUCCAUUUCAUUGGUAACAAGGUUAGGCAUUAUUUAGUCGGCCGUGAAUGCACGACGGUUGCACUCUGAAGCAGUAAAUGUACCGUUAUAUUAUUGACAGCAACUGCGACUUAAAAAACACUGUAAUAGUCAUGCAAUCUGAGGUUGAAAUUGAUAGAAAUAUUCUGCGGGAAUAUACUGUCCAGAGUUACACAUAAGGUAACUUUUUAAGUUGCCUGACCACUGCAGUAUAUUUCAAGCUGAGGUCUCURCUAUUUCGAAGGCAUCGAUGGCAAUGAAAUAGUGGACCAAGAUUGGAUUGCCAAGAAUGGUGUACGGCUAACAUCCRAAAMUCCAUGCAUUCUCUAUACGACGAUCUCGACAGAAGCAGAAGAAGGUAGAUUGGAAGUACAUAAAAUUUCUAUUGACACUCGAUAGAAGAGACAAUAGGAAAAUGGUGGAAAUACUAACUAUGCUGUAAACAUCUGGGAUCCUCGCGGUAUAAUACACUGGAGUAAGUAUGAAUAGUGAGACAGCAGAUUCUGUUAAAAUUUUCUUGAAGCGCAGGCAUCCGAAUGGAUGACUACUCCUCUUGGACCUUGCAACUUGACUCCAUUUGAGAUCACAAAGGAGCAAAAGUGGUCUAUGCGUGGCUUAUUGGUCUACCAGAUUAACCUAACCUAGGUUUCGCCACCACUCAAAGACCCCAUAAAUAAAAAGGGAUUGACUAUGAUGUCGAAAAGAGAACUAAAGGAACUAGUUUCGGUGAGAGACUCCACCUUUUGUCAAUGGCUCCUCUGCAGCAGUAUAAGACUAUCAAUGUCUUUAAGCUUCUAUGGCAGCUUCCUAUCUUGGACGAGGUCUAAAUACUUCACUGAUCUCGAAUCUCCUAUUAACAAGGCAAUGUCAGCGUUAUUUAGGCUAAUAGCAACAUCACUUCCUUAGCUAGAUAAUGGGAAGCAAAAGUUCUGUAUUCUCUCUUAUUUUAUCACAGUAUACCUGUAUACAUAAGAUUGGGCCCAAAAACUUUUUUAUCGCAGCACGACUUACGAAUUUCGAUGCCUUUUUUAACAAAAAUACCCAGCUUAAGCCUUUUCAACCCACUUUCAACUAACUAUUAAUAAGGCACGUUAACCUCAAGCGUAAAAUGUGAAUGUAAAAUGAAAUUUUUAUGAGUAGUUAAAGUGAAAACAUGGUUUUUGUGGAGUACAUAUCGUAAAAAAGUAAAAAUGCUUAAUAAUCAUUGCUAAAUUAUGAACUUAUGAAUAUUGUAAUUAAAACAAAAUUAAACAAAAAAUCAAUACUGAAGRUAAUUUGUGGCUAAAAAGUUCAGCAUAGAUAUGCUAUGGCAUAAAAUAAGGAAAUAAAGUUAGGGCUUAGAAUUUAAAGCAAGCGAAUUAGUUUUAGGUUAAAGGGGCAAGGAGAAACUAAUUAAAAAAUAAUAAUUUAAUAAAAAUUAGUGUGAGACGCAUGUAUGCAUUUAAGUGGCAUUAACUUACUGUACAGUUAGCAUGUAAUAGGUAUAUAUAUAUAUAUAYGAUUAUUAUAAAGAAAMUAAAUACUUUAGUACUUAGCAAUUAAUUUAUGUAGUCAAGAWAGAAAGUGGCAAUUAUCAGCAACGAUUUGUGGCUAAGCAAAAACGUUAAAUUUAAGUCAAUACAUACAUACAUACAAACACACAUCAUGAAUGUGAAAAACGCGUGCAAUGCAAUUUAUAAAUAGUAUGUAAUGUAAAAAAAAUGAAGUGCGAAAUAAUAA